AUGGGGGCGGUUUGUUCGGCUGGGAUGGCUGGGGAAAAUGCCGAGUUUGGAGGGAAGACUUUGGGGUUUUCUGGGAAGAUUCUUAAGAAGGGAGAUAGUUUUACGAAUCGGAAAGAUUCUGAUUCAAGGUCUACUGAUCAGGGGAAAAACCUAAGGAAUAAGGAAAAUGGGUUUUCGGAUGACUUUGGUUUAUCCACUUCAGCUUCCAUGGGGGAAAAACAGAUCAGCAGGAAGGGCUCUUUACUGAGCAAAGCUAGCUAUAGGGCAGUGGAAGUUCUGGACAGUCUUGGAAGUGGCAUGCCAAAGCUAAAUAACAGUAGUGGGUUUGUCUCUGGCAUGAAUUCUAAAGGGAAGAAAAUAUCAAUAUUGGCUUUUGAAGUAGCUAAUACGAUAACCAAAGGUGCCAUUUUAUUUCACUCACUUUAUGAAGAAAACAUUCAGUUCCUCAAGAAGGAGGUUUUACAAUCCGAAGGCAUUCAGCAAUUAGUCUCGACAGAUAUGAAAGAGUUAAUAAGUCUUGCUGAGAUGGACAAAAGGGAAGAAUUCAAUGUCUUCUCACGGGAAGUAGCUAGGUUUGGAAACAUGUGUAAAGACCCACAGUGGCAUAACCUACAUCGAUAUUUCUCAAGAUUAGACAUGGAUGUCUUGGGCGACAAACAAAAUCAGGUAGAUGCCGAAAAGACAAUGCAGGAGUUUGCCGGUCUAGUUAAUUAUACUGCGGAAUUAUACCAUGAAUUAAAUGCUUACGAACGCUUUCAACACGAUUAUCAACAAAAAAUUAAGGAAAUGGAGUCCUUGAAUCUUCCUCUGAAAGGUGAGAGUAUCACAAUUUUUCAAAGUGAGUUAAAGCAUCAAAAAAAGCUUGUGAGGAACUUGAAAAAGAAGUCUCUUUGGGCCAGAAAUUUGGAGGAGAUAGUUGAAAAACUUGUAGAUAUUGUUACCUAUAUACAUCAAGCAAUUUGCGAGCUCCUUGGUAAUCAUGGUACUGGUGCUGUCAAGUAUGGUAAAGGUCCUCAAAGACUAGGUGAAUCCGGUCUUGCACUACACUAUGCUAACAUAAUCAAUCAGAUAUAUAUGAUUGCAUCUCGCCCAGCCUCCCUUCCUCCAAAUACGAGGGAUACAUUAUAUCAAGGUUUACCAAACAAUAUUAAGAGUGCCCUACCAUCUCGGUUGCAAUCCAUUUCUGUCCCAAAAGAGCAAUCUUUCACUCAGAUCAAAGCUGACAUGGACAAGACUCUGAAGUGGCUCGUACCAUUUGCCGCAAAUACAACCAAAGUUCAUCAAGGCUUCGGUUGGGUUGGUGAGUGGGCAAACACAAGUAAUGACUUUGGUGAUAACACAACCAAAGAGAGCAACCCAAUUCGCCUCCAGACACUUUACUACGCGGAUAAGCAGAAAAUAGAUCUCCACAUUAUUGAUUUGUUGGCAUGGAUUCACUAUUUGAUUAGCUCUGCAAGAUCCAGACAAAAUGCCUCAAGGCCAAUGCCAGCGCGCUCUCCACCCAAGAGACCUGAACUUCAGUCUAAGAUGCGACAGUUUUUGAUUCUAUCAUUGGACCGAAACAACAAGGCAUUGGGAACUCAACUUUCUCAAGAGGAUAGAAUAUUACUAGAGGAAGUAAUUGCAAGGAGGAGGAGCCCAGGAGUUAGCAAAAGCCAGGAACUUGGUGUUUCCAAGAAAACUCAAGCCAGGCACCCUCUCAGGACCAAAAGUGCUGGGAGUUCACCUGUUAGGGAGUCCUUCGGCACCACACUCAUCACCAACCGCCGAAGCUAUAACGUUUUGGAUAUAAUGGAUGGCUUAGGAUCUUGA